AUGGACUACGAGGCGUGUCCUCAACGCCACCAUCCGGAGUAUUUCUGCUGCUCUACGUCCGCCAGUACUCGCGAGGUUUUCACCAAGUUCAAUCGACCCACAGGCGGCACCUACGAAGACAACUACAGAGCCGGGUGGAGUCAGCCACGCCAAGUGAACUUCCCGUACGUGCGCUACACUCCAGAUACCCCCGUCUUCUCGUACGACGACUCAGCGUCGAUCUGUCGGGUGCAGACUGUGAUGAUCGACCCAGAGACUGGGGAACUGCACCAAUUUUUACAGUGCGGGAGUGAAAACGCGUCACUUAGUGAGGAUUCCCAUGAUGCGGCCGUCUUCUGGACGUCUCCGUCCAAUCCGCGCAACAACAACGCUUCGUUUCCAGUCGGAGCGCAGUGUGUCAGUCUCAUGCUAGCGGACGGAAGCGUGGACGAAGACAGCAAAGCUGCGUGCAUAAGUGACCAGCAGAGUCAAAGUUUCCAGUUCACGAACUUCACUGAAGCCCCCUUACUCGUCGUGUACCUCGUGUACUUGACUUGCUUCGCUCUACUUGCGUGGUGGAGUUUCCAUCGUCACGUAAUUCUCCGCAAGAAUCGCGUACAAGAUGACGACGAUAAGCAGACUCUUGCCUCGAGUGGAGUGUCCGAUCUUAAGGGAAUCAUCACACGUCCGCGGUACGAGCUCAUCCACGACGAGAAUAUGGAGAGUCAACAGCUUAUCCAGAGUGGAUUCUCAAACUCGAGUCAGGGGAGAGCUGUAUUCGCCUAUUUCGUGGCGGUCAGUGUAGUACUUCACGUACUGCUGUUUAUUAUCAUUUGCGACUACUACGGCAGCUUCACGCCCGCUCUGUUCGAUCCGUUGAGUGCAAGCGCCUCCGUCUUCUUUCUCGUUUGGCUCUUCGCAGCUCUCUGGCUGAUCGGGAUCGUCAAGUACCAACGCGACCUGCCGAACUUCUUCCGAGUUCCAAGCCCUCUGCACAGUUGCGAGUUUGUGCACAUACUCAAGAGCGACGACUCGGAGAUCAUGCUCACAGAUCGCUCGGGUGUGUCAGCGUUAGUGGCCAAAGUGGAGAAUUGGUUCAACACUUCUGGCAAACUGCGAGGAUACCAGGAAACAAUUCGAGUUGAGACUAUCGGAGGCAAACGCUUCGUGGAUUUCCAGCACUUACGAUACAUUUACAACGACGAGAGUCGAAGAUUUGUCCCGUCCGAGAUCUCUAUCGGACGAACUUAUGCAGAUAUUGGAGCUGCUGGAGGGUCCGGCUUGUCGUCUGUUGAGGCGGAGAGGCGCCUUCAUACUAUCGGCUUGAACGUCGUUGAUGUAGCCAUGCCUUCACUAUUGAGCUCCAUUCUCCACGAGUUCCUGACGCUGUUCUACAUCUACCAGAUCAUGUGCUACUACGUGUGGCACUACUUCACGUACUGGAACAUGGGUAUCGUCAUGACUCUAGUGGUUCUAGGCACGGCGAUCAUCAACAUCUACACCAAGCGCAACAUGCAAGCUGCUAUCGUCAAGAUGACGCGAUACCGAACGGAAGUCACAGUAUUCCGCGACAACGGGUGGCAGUUAGUGGAGUCUUCAUUACUAGUGCCUGGAGAUCUGGUACAAGUCUAUGAAAACUGGGUUGUACCCUGUGAUAUGGUGAUCGUCAAGGGCUCCACAGUGUGUGACGAAUCUAUGCUGACGGGUGAGUCCAUGCCCGUCCAGAAGUUCCCAAUCCCAGAUCAUAGCGCGACUGUGUACGACUCUGAAGGGCGAGGCAAGAAGCACACACUCUAUUCAGGAACUCGCGUACUGUCAUCCGGUCGCAAUGAGGAGAUCCACGCGGUAGUGCAGACUACUGGAGCUCACACUACCAAGGGCCAAUUGAUCCAGUCGAUCCUGUUCCCAGUGCCCAUGCGCUUCAAGUACGACGAGCACCUCAAGGCUCUCAUCGCACUGCUGCUCGUGUACUCCGCCGUGGCGUGUGUGAUCGGAAUCAAUUUUCUUCUGGGGAAUGGCAAGCUCAACAACAAAAUGACGGCGUUCUGCUACUGCAUCUUCAUGAUCUCCGCUGUGGUGAGCCCUCUGCUGCCGGUAGUGAUCACCGUGGGGCAAGUCAACGCCGGUGCAAGACUCCAAAAGUCUGGGAUCUUUUCCCUUAACGUGAAGCGCAUCACUUUGUGCGGUAAAGUCCGCGUGUUCUGCUUCGACAAGACUGGGACGCUGACUAAGCAAGGCUUGGACUAUUUGGGAGUGCAGUCUGUGGAUUUAAUCUCCAACUCCUUCCUGCCAAUUACCAAGGAGGAUUCCAACAUGUUAGCGACAACUCAGUACGCUUUAGCCACCUGCCACUCCGUCGGUUCUCUCGACGGGAAGCUGGUAGGCAAUGAAGUUGAGCUGCGGAUGUUUGAGGCGACUCGGUGGACGCUGGUAGAACGCGAAGGCUCGCAACCGGUGGCUAAAUCCCCCGCUGGAGACGAGCUGGAGUUCAUCAAACGCUUCGACUUCGACCAUCAUCGCAUGUCCAUGAGCGUCGUGGUUCGGGAUCGGAAGACCGGUCAGAUCUUCGUCUUCUGCAAGGGCUCCUACGAGCGCAUGCAGCAGUUGAGCAAGCCUGACAGCGUUCCAAGUGACUACAAGUCCGUGGCCGACCAACUGGCCAAGGACGGGUGCUACGUGUUGGGGCUGUCGUACCGUCGGCUCCCGAGCAACUGGACGAACGAUCAAAUCGACGCCUUCUUAGCGAACCGAGACGCUGUAGACGAAGGUUUGUCCCUAUUGGGGUUGAUUCUGUUCCGUAACGAGCUGAAGGAGGACACAACCGAUGCGAUAGCUCAACUCAAGGCUGGAGAUAUUCGCGUGGUGAUGAUCACGGGCGACAACGCCAUGUGCGGCUGCUACAUCGCGCGUAACAGCGGCAUGGUGGCUCCAGACUCGCGGGUGAUUCUCGGAGACGUCGAGCGGACUGGCAGUGGAGUUAAUGCAAAACUUGGCGACGUGGAGUGGCGGGACGUGGAUAGUGGGGUGAUAAUCGACCAUCAAGCGGUUAAGAACAUGGCGAUAAACGGAGACGACGUGGAGCUCGCACUCACCGGCGCUGCCUUCAAUCGACUCAAGAGCUUGGGCGAGAUGAGUCACCUCCUCUUCCACGUCCGCAUCUUCAGUCGCAUGACCCCGGACGACAAGGUGGACUGUGUCAAGAUGCACAUGGAAGCUGGAGCGGUGACUGGCAUGUGUGGAGAUGGAGGCAACGACUGCGGUGCGUUGCGUAUAGCCCACGCUGGUAUUGCUCUAAGCGACGCCGAUGCUUCUGUAGUGUCGCCAUUCACCAGCAAAUCCAAGACUAUUCAGUCCGUGGUGGAUGUUUGUCGUGAAGGACGAUGCAGCUUAGCCACGUCCUUUGCUUCAGUCAAGUUCCUCAUCAUGUACGGCGUCAUCGCGUCGACGCUGCGGCUAUUCCAAUGGUACAACGCCACCAUUCUGUCCGAGUGGUGCUUCAUCCUGGCCGACGGCUUCACGCUCGUGGGGCUUUCGUACGUCAUCACACUGUCCAAGCCACUGCCAGAGCUGCGUGAUCAACGACCGACGUCGAGUCUCGUCGGGCCGUCGACGCUGCUCUCGAUCUUGGGACAAGAACUCAUCAACGUCGUCUUCUUGGUGUCCGGUAUCCACAUGCUGGCCUCGCAACGCUGGUACUGUCCGUUCAGUCCGGACAACAUCGAUCUGGCCAAGUGGUGGCUGCUCUCCGACAACCACUUGGCGACCACGCUCUUCUUCACGAUCAUCACACAGCAGCAGCUUGCGGCUUGGGUGUUCAGCUUCGGCUCGCGCUAUCGCGCCUCUAUCUGGAGUAAUCACGCCCUCGUUGCAUUGUGUGUGUUACUGGUGGGUUUGGAUACGUAUCUGCUGCUGGGGCCGCCAGGGAAGCUCAGCGAUCUGUUUCGUAUCUCGAGUGGCACGAACGUGAUGGUGCUGCCGGAUAUCCCCAUGCCCUGGGCGUUUAGAGCGCAGUACUUCGUGCUGCUGUUCGGUAACGUGAUCGCCUCUAUCCUGUUCGAGUACUUCGUGGUGCUGGGGCCGGUGAGGGACUGGUUGCGACGCAAGUUCCACCACGACAACCUCCCGAUGCGAAAGUGA